UUCAUAUUUUAAAAUGAAAAAUUUUGUAAUUUGCAUAAUAAUAAUAAUAAUUUAAAUAUUAAGUUCCGCACGCUAGAGCGAAGACUAAACGAAGAAAACUUUUGUUUUGAAAUUUGAAUAUUGGAGUAUUUUAACUAUAAUGUAUUAAAAUUUAAAUAUUGAGAGAAAUUUAGCGUAGUUUAAAAAUAAAAAAUUGAUUUUUUUUAAUUAUAAUAUUAUUGUGGAGAUCAAAAUAAGUUUAAACCAUUCGAAUACAUUCAGCAAAAGAUUCACCAUUAUAUAAAAUAUUUUGAGAAAUAGUCACGUUAUUCACAUUUUAUAUUUAUACAUAUUUUAUAAUUUAUCAAAAGCAUGGAAUCUAUAUUUUUUAAUAGUCUAAAUUAUAUUGUUUAAUCAUUCUCACAAAAGAUUAGAAUAAUUAUCAAGAAACAUUUAAGUUUUAAAUUGUUUUUAUCAUUUGUUAGAAUAAAUUAAUUGAAAAAAUGUCUACAUACAUACUAAAAUAAAACAAAAUAACUCAUACGGUAUACUCACCGAAAUAGUCAGGCCUUUACUUGUAUGUACGAGUUGCGCAUGCGUAAAUGCGUUUUUAAAGAACCCGACCAAGAAGAACCCGACUCUAACUGAAGUGUCAUGGCCGGAUAUACGUGCACAUAAGACGACGAUCGACGAACGAAAAGCAUCGUGAAAGUUAUAUCGUGAAAAGAAAACAAAAUGGAAGACUCAAGAGGAGUAAAACGAGGCAAUUGCGAGUGCACUCAUUGCAACGAGUUUGAUUGGUCACCAUCUUCUAAAUCAUCUUUGUGCAACUAUUGCGGAUGUCCUCCCACGAAACACCGAAGAAUAGACGAAGAAAUUAUGUACCAAGGUGGAAACGGGGACAGCAACAUUAACGAAGAACAAGUAGGAAUGAGAGUUGUAGAAUCUAAUAGUACGCUUGUACUCGAAUUCGACGGUGCUCCACUUGAAUUCGACGAUGCAUCAUUUGAGGAACAUCCCACGUUGGAUCCAACAAAUAACAAAGAAAUCGCUGAAAACUCCAAGGUUUCCAAAAAGUCAAUCAAACAAAGGAGAAGACCAACUCAAUCAGUCAAGAAAAAUAACACGAUGAAUAAAGAGGUUCAAUUGGAAACUUUAAUUCCCACAAAAUUUCCACAUGGGAUAGAGAACCUUGCUGUUAGUGGCGCUUUAUUGAGCGAAAACCAAAAAUGCACAAUUAUCCGAGAAACAGUCAAAGUUUUAUUUUCAAGAAAUUUGCACAAUAAAGACAAUAUCACACAAAUGUCAAAAAUAUUGUGUGAAAAGUUCCCUCAAUUGAACGCGAAGUUUGGAUUAAAACAUGAAGAAACUCUGGGGAGAAUGUUUUGUAGCUUAAAAAAUUUAAAUAGAAAUGCUAAAAAUGAAUUGGCUGAAGAUUUUAGCAACGUAAUACUUUGCGCCGAGAUGAAUAAAGAAGUCAGUAAGGUUGGCGGAGCAGCAAUUGAUUUAGAAAAAGUUAAAGAUUUACUGAAUAAAACUCGAUCAGGAAGAAUGAUUGAUGCCACAAAAAUGAAUGGAUCGCAAUUUUUUGACAAAUUUCCAGCUUUGCGAAGAACGGACUUGCUUCUUUGGGAGUUCGCGAAAAUUGUGGAUGUGCCAGUAGUCAAUAUGAGGGACAAUUUUUUGACUGCUAGUGUAAAAAUUGCAUCGUCUUUGGAAUUAAUCCCAAAUGACACAUUUUCAAGAGACGGAGGAAUGUGUCAUAUAUUGCUAAAUAUUUUUAAACUCUUUAAGUCCUCAAGAAACGAGAAAGAGAGAGUUAUAAAAGUUUACCCAGCAAACACCAUCAUCUCCACAAUAAUUCCUUCGCCAAGCGAUCCACCCCGACUAUUUGGAAUUUCAAGAGCACCAUCCUACAACGACUUGUAUCUUAUGUCGUAUGUGGACGGAGUUUGUGCCUUUACGGAAAAAAGUUUUGAAGCUACACUGUUGCUACUAGCAAUUUACUGGAAUUUAAAUAUAACUUUUCCGGAAGACAUGAAAUUCCAGUUGACGCUUUUAUCUGUAGCUGUUUUAAGAGAAGCAGCAGCAAAAACUUUGAAACAUAUUAUAAAAAUGCCAUCAUUUUCAAAAGUUUUAAAUCAAGUGCAAUUGGCAUAAAACCUAUUGGAAAUUCUCGUCGCCCUUUUUAAUUUCUAUUACUAUGAUAAAAUUUUGUUCAAAAAAUAAGAUAAAUAUUUCAAAUAUUUAUGUAAAAAUACAGUGGAUCUUCGACAAUUUGACUUUAUUUUUGAACUCAUAAUUGUAACAAUUAUUUUUUGGGAUUAAGGUGCGACGUAAAAGUUCGGAUUAAAUGAUUUAUACUUUGUGUAAUCGAAAUUCCACAGUAAUAAUUUUUCAAAAACAGCAUUUUCACAUCAAUCACAUGCUGUUAUAUUUAACAUUAUUUUUCGUUCUUAAAUUUUCAAUCGCUGUUCAGUAAAAUUUCGUUAGCGAAGCACAAAACUUUGUUCUGGAAUCUUUCAACAAGAGUCUUGAGGGCAUGUGAAACCACCCAACUUUAAUUGAUAUACAAGUAUUAAUAUUCGCACCGGUUUUCUUAUAAAAAUAUUAUUUUUCAUUAAAUAAAAUGUGAAAAAAAGAUAAUAUAAUGCAAAUUAACAUUAAAAAAGAUGAAUAAAUUUAUAUUUCUCUAUUUUAACAUUCAUUUUAAAAAAAAAAUUGUAUUCGAUUGUCUCUUCUUCCCGAAAAUUGUAAAAAAAAUUAAUAUUUAAAUAAAAAAAUGUAAUUUAUUCAUUUUUUUAAAGUUAAUUUGUGCGAUUAAACUUUUUCUCGACAACUGUUAAAUUUUUUAAUUAAUGAAAAAUAAUAUUUUUAUGUAAUUCUUUUAAUAAUUGGAGUAGAGAUCCUUACGUUUAAAAUAACAUUUCCCU